AUGGAGAUGAAGGAGGCCCGUCGCCUACUUGGAGUCGAGCUGGUAAGCUGCAACUCGAACAAUGGUCUUGUUGUUGUAAGAUGCCAGCUGCUGAUGGUAUGCUGCUGCUCGAACAAUGGUCUUCUUGCUAUGGUAAGACGUGAGCUGCUGCUGGUAAGUUGCAACUCGAACAAUGGCCUUCUUAUUGUAGCAAGAUGUGAGCUACUGUUAGUAAGCUGCAACUCGAACAAUGGCCUUCUUAUUGUAGCAAGAUGUGAGCUGUUGCUGGUAAGCUGCAACUCGAACAAUGACCUUUCCUCGUUCCUCUUCGAGCAUAUCAAGGUUGACUUUCAUCUGCUUGCAGUUUUGGUCAAGACUGCCCACCUCGAUGCUCAUGGAAGAGACUGUGAUGUGUGGGGGAAUGAUUGCUUAUGUUCCCAUAGGCCAGGGAAAAUGGUCUCUUCGAUUGAUCUCCUUUUGGUUGUGCGAUAA